AUGUUUGGUGUUUGUGUGAUAAUAUACAAAAAGAAUACCCUGACAAGAUCGACAAGUGCUACUGCAUAUUUAUAUCCAACAAGAAAAGAGCGGCAAAUUCCAUUUUGGAGACAGAGAGCAAGUAAAAGAGAAGAUGGCCAAAUCUUUUGGGAUUACCAUGUUAUAUUUAUUUACCAACCCUCAGAGUCACUUGCAGUGGUCUAUGACCUUGACACCACCUUGACAUUUCCAUGUGACUUUAGGAGAUAUUAUGAGGAAUCCAUCAAAGAUGAUAGACUUUUUAAACCUGAAUUUCAGAGAUUAUUUCGAGUUAUACCAGCAGCUGAAUUUUUGCAAACAUUUGCAUCAGACAGAUCACACAUGUUGACACAGGACGGUCAGUGGAUGUCCCCUCCCCCUGUCUAUCCCCCAAUUAAAACAGAAGAAUGUUCCAACAACAUUCAGGAAUUUAUCUCUAUGGAAAAAGAAUUUAACCAUGGAGUCGUUCUCAGUUUACAAGAACUUCUAGAGAAGUUUAUGGGCAGCAGUGACAAUACUUAAUGUGAAAUUAUACGUGGCAUUGUAUAGUUCUCCACAAGCACUGUGAUAUUUCAUUUAUUUAUUAGUACAUGUACUAUAAUAUACUUUAUACAUUAUUCUGUAAUGGUGAUUCUUAUUUUAUAAACAGUCAAACCUGCAUCUUCUAUUGUGAUCUUGAAAGCAUCAAGAGUCUGUGCUAAAAAUCAUGUACACUAAAAAUACUGUA